AUGGGCCAAGGGGUCUCAUUUCAGGGUCGGGACGCGCCAGAACUACGUCCUUUGUUGCUCACAGACCAUCGAGCAGCCAACUCUGGCAGCGGAGGGGAGCAAAGUCUCCGUGCACAGUGCCGUCACACCACGAGUGACGUUGCUCGGGUCGAAGAUGGCGAUGGAGCAGUAGCCAACUGUCCAACCGUUGAAAGCAACCCGGCGGUUCUUAUCUCUGGCGGCGCCUGCGUCACCGGCACCCCCGUCAUCGUUGGUGGAAAUGUUACCAAUGCGAACAUUUACAAUGGCCCCGUUCACUUUACGAUGGGCGGAUCCAAGGAUGAAAGGCUCAAUGAAUUGAGUGGAGAAAUCCGGGACUGGCUCGCACCCAACGUCAACUUCCACGCCAUCCAGCAGCUAAACUACGAAAAAUGGACCGAUGGAACACUGUCCUGGUUUACCGAAUCAGAGGACUACCUGACAUGGAAAGAUGGAACACAUCGUAUCCUUUGGGGUACUGGAAUUCCCGGUGCAGGUAAAACCAUCCUUGCCAUCCCCCAAGAAGCUUUGUGUUGCUUUUGCGUACUGCCGAUAUUCCGAACGAUUGAACGUCAGGGAUACCCUCGAAUCCCUCUCGUUAAGCAAUUCCUCGAGACCGACCCGUCUCUUGUGGACCUAAUCGAACCCCUCUAUUCUCUGCAAAAAGAGAGGAAAACCCGGCCCACCCAGGAAGAGCUCGUGGAUUUGUUACGCCAAUUCGAGAGCCGGUUCGACGCCGUCUUUUCUGUUAUUGACGGACUGGACGAGGCGCUGGUCGAUACCCAGUUCGACCUGAUCAAAGCGAUCGGGACCCUUCGUGGCCGGUUUGCGUUGACGUCGCGGCCGUUGAAGAGACUUGAGUCAGGACUCCCAACCACCAGGUUCUACUCGGUAACGGCGAACAACUCCGACAUCAUCCUCCUCAUCCUCCAAAAGGUUGAGCGGAACCCCGGCUUUCGAAGCCUCCUGGAGCAACAUUCCUACCUAGGUGAACUGGUCCGACGAAUUUCGGACAAAUCUAAGGGGAUGUUCCUUCACGCCGCCCUCCAGGUCGAAGUUGUCCAACACUGCCUCAGCAUCGCAGCCAUGGAACUUGCUCUGGAUAGUUUCCCAGCAGACCUUCGCGACAUGUAUUCCCAAGCACUGCAGCGUAUCUGCGACCAGGAGAAACAAAACGCCGAUCUAGCCAAACAUGUCCUUCUGUGGCUUGUUUUUGGGUUAGAGGCACUUUCGUUCCCCGACCUGCAAUACGCCCUCAGCCUCACUCUUCCCGACUACCCCACCGGGGUUGACAAGGAAGGCCUUCUGUCGAUAUGCUGCGAAUUGGUCACCGUGGAAGCAGAGACGGACCGUGUCCGCUUAGUCCACUUUACUGCUCGAGAUGCUCUCGCGUCCAUCCUGGACGAACAUAUCCCAAACCCUCAUGGCUUGCUCUUUAAGGCAGCUGCUCAGCGCCUCGUUGACUGUGGCAUCGUUGACAACUCCGCCGGUGUGAAGACCUAUAGCGACCUCUCCAACGCAUUCAAACAUUACCCGCUUUUGAAAUAUUGCUACGACCAUUGGGGCUACCACGCACGGGAGUGCAUGGCAAAUCCAGUGUUGCGUGAUGCGGUAUUCGACUUUGUCCGCCAAUGCAAGGCGUUCCCAGAGGACGGUCUGCACUUCUUUCCUGGUCUCACGUUUCUCUCCCCCCUUCAUAAUGUGGCGCGACAUGGACUUCAUCACAUUCUCGACGAAGUUCUCGUGAAAUGUGCAGGGGGAACGGUGACGUUGCGCACGCAUGGGGGGAGGAAUUUGACCCCGUUGAUGCUGGCCUCUGAGCACGGCCACGUGGGGGUCAUUGAUGCGUUGCUGCGGUGCACCAGAAGCUCGAUGUUGCGGUCGACGUUGAGUGGCGAAUGUCGACCAGGGAGACAUCUGUUAUCGGUCCAGCUCAAUCUUCGCGACCGCUGGGGGAUGUCAGCUCUCAUGUUUGCCUCCAGAAAGGGGCAUCAAGAUGCAGUGCGGCGUCUGCUCGCUCACAAGGACGCGCAGGUCAAUCUUACCGACAGCAGCGGCAUGACGGCUUUGAUGCACGCCGCCGCGUCCUACUCUAGCGAAGAAGACGUCGUUCAACUCCUGCUGGCGCACAAGGACACCCAGGUGAAUCUCGCCGACAACCAAGGCUGGACUGCAUUGAUGCUCGCGUCCCACACUGGCAAAGAAGGCAUCGUUCGAUGCCUGCUCGCUCACAAGGACAGCCGGGCUGAUCUCACCAAACAGAGUUGGGCAAACGGCAUUGAUGCUGCAUGA